CGUGGGUCCCGUUUGUUUCUGGCAGCCGUGCUUGCCUUGGUCGCCAGUUCGCAAUGAUGGAACUGCGGGCUGUGCUAGCUCGCUUGUUGUCGAGAUACGAGUUUCAUGUUGUAGGAGAUGGCGAACCCCAGCAUCAUCCGACGAAGAUUACUACAAGCCCAAUGGAUCUCUUCAUGACUGUCCAGAAACGCACAAGCCUUCCAGAUGCCGACACUCCAAUAGCAACAGACGCUGGUGGUGCCAAUGAUAAUUACACCGUCGAGCAUCCCGCUCUGCACCCACUUACGCACACGGUCUCUGCUGACAAGCUGCCGCGUACGUUCGUUGUGUAUGGAUCAAACAUGGGCACCAGCGAGGACUAUGCGACGCAGAUAACCGGGCAGCUGAGGCGCAUGGGGUUUGCUGACAUUACACUGCUGCCGCUGGAUGACUGGGACUUUGCUUCAAUGCAGUCUGCCGAUGGUAGGCGCUCUCUGGUUGUGGCUAUUACCAGUACGUACAACGGAAUGCCACCUGACAACGCCAGAAACUUUGCCAAGCUGCUCGACCAGGGGACCCGCACCGACAUCCUCAAGGACGUCGACUUUGCACUGUUUGGCUGCGGCAACUCGCUCUGGCACACGUUCCUGAAGUUCCCGCGCCAUCUGUACCAGCGUCUUAAUGAGCUUGGUGCCACGCCGCUGACUGAGUUCACGGCAGGAGAUUCCAACGACGAUCUUGACGAUGAGUUUAUGAAGUGGUCACUCCAGGUCGGAAUGAUUGUAACUGGGCACUACAACUCCAGUGUCGACGCCUACAUUGAUAUUGUCACGGACAAGUCGCUGCCGUACUCGCUAAAGUACGUUGACAACAGCCCUGCUGCCCCGUUCAGAUUGUCGCUGGAGAACGCAUCAGUCAAAGUCAACUGCGAGCUGCAGGAUGUCGAAAGGAGCGGUCGCAGCACUCGGCAUAUCGAGAUCACUCUGGAUGACACAUCAGAUAUCUCGUACACGACUGGCGACCACCUCAAUAUCUACCCAGUCAACGCACCAGGUGUUGUGCGUGAGGUUUCCGCGAUCCUAGAGCUCGAGCUGGAUGAGAUAUUCGAGCUAGAGCAGGUUUCGGACGCUUCGCGCUUUGCCCAUUCGGCUGCUGCAGUUAUCCAUGGCCACGCAUGCACCGUCGCUGAUGCCCUCCAAUAUGUCUGCGACUGGAAGGAAGCACCUUCACGCGAGCUGGUUGUUGCGUUGAGCGAGACUUCAGGCAAUGGGCAUGCCUAUGAUUUGCUGCGCAAGGCUGCUGAAGACGUCAACAUUCUAGGCAAGCAGUCGGCUGGCUGGAGUGGAUUCACAGCACAGAACCGCACUGUUCUUGAUGUGGUGCGCACGUAUGCACCGCUGGUGCGCCAGAUUCCAUUUGCAACGCUGCUUCACUUUGUGUCGGCCAUGGAUCCCCGGCGGUACUCGAUCGCCAGCUGCCAGUCGGUUGUUGGCAAUGAAGUCCACAUCUCAGCUGCCAUUGUCAACGAUACCGUCGAUGGCCGCUCCUACGGUGGUCUGGCAACCGAGUAUCUGGCAUCGUUGGAGCUGGGUGCUUGUGUAUCUGUAUCACAUCUCCCAGCGCAAGAAGCCUUCCACCUGCCACCUUCAUCGGAUGUGCCUGUGGUGUUCGUUGGCGCCGGUACUGGAGUUGCUCCGUUCCGCGGAUUCCUGCAGGAGAUGAAGCUUGCCGGCAUUGGUGGUGCAACGAUGUACUUUGGCUGCCGAAAUCCCAAGUACGACUACCUGUACAAGGAUGAACUCGAGCAGUAUGUCCAAGACGGCACGCUGUCCAGACUGCAGACAGCAUUCUCGCGGGUCGGUGAUGAGCGCAAAUAUGUGCAAAACCACGUUUCCCAGGACGGUGCCAAGAUCUGGUCGCAUCUGCAGAAUAGCGGCCGCAUCUAUGUCUGUGGAUCGGCUGAUAAACUGGGCAAGAGUAUGACUGCUGCCAUGAUUCGGAUCUUUGAAGAGCAUGGCGGCCUAUCUGCCGAUGAGGCAAGCACGUAUCUUUCCGACCUGAUCUCUGAUGGUCGUUACGCCCAGGAUAUCUGGUAGAUAUUUGAUUCCGUCGCAUAAGCAUCAAACCUUUUGUAUCUGCUUCAGCAUACUUUUCAUUCGAUUCCAUGCCAUC